AUUGCUACUUUGUACUCCAUAUCUGCAAAUUCACUGCCACAAAAGAAGCAUGGAGAACGGUACGACUACAGGGAUGAGAAGAUGGAACUUUAAGGAGAAUGAAAAAUUGGUAAGUGUAUCGGAUCUCACAGUAAGAAGUGUUCUUAACAAGUUGAGGUGUUGUGUUGACCCUGCUGAUACCCGACCCACUAUCCCUCUUGGCCAUGGCGAUCCUUCUGCUUUCCCCUGUUUUCUGACUACAACAAUCGCCGAAGAUGCUAUUUCUGAUGCCGUUCGUUCUGCUAAGUUCAACGGUUACUCAUCCACCGUCGGCAUCCUUCCUGCUAGACGGGCUGUAGCAGAAUACCUUUCUCAAGAUCUCCCAUACAAGUUGUCUCCUGAUGAUAUUUACUUAACAAGUGGAUGUGGUCAAGCAAUUGAAAUACUUUUGAAUGCUCUUGCACGUCCAAACGCAAAUAUUCUACUUCCAAGUCCUGGAUUCCCUUAUUAUGAAGCUUGGGGUGGAUUUACUCAAAUGGAAAUGCGCCACUUUAAUCUUCUCCCAGAGAAGGAGUGGGAGGUGGACCUUAAUGCGGUUGAGUCUUUGGCCGAUGAAAAUACUGUGGCUAUGGUCAUUAUUAAUCCUGGGAAUCCUUGUGGCAAUGUCUAUUCAGAAGAACACUUGAAGAAGGUGGCAGAAACGGCAAGGAAGCUUGGAAUUUUAGUUAUUUCUGAUGAAGUUUAUGCUCAUCUGGCUUUUGGAAGUAAACCAUUUGUGCCCAUGGGAAUCUUUGGAUCGAUUGCUCCUGUUGUUACACUCGGAUCCAUAUCAAAGAGGUGGAUUGUCCCAGGCUGGCGACUUGGUUGGCUUGUUACAAAUGAUCCAAACGGCAUACUUAAAGAACAUGGGGUCAUAGAUUCCAUUAUGGGAUAUCUCAAUAUAUCUACUGAUCCUGCAACAUUUAUUCAGGGGGCAAUUCCUCAGAUCCUUCAGGAAACAAAAGACGAUUUCUUCUCUAAAAUAGUAAAUAUGCUAAGAGAAGAUGCAGAUAUUUGUUAUGAGAGAAUCAAGGAUAUUCCUUGCAUCACUUGUCCAAGUAAACCUCAAGGAUCUAUGUUUUUGAUGGUUCAACUUCAUUUGAAUCUCUUAGAAGACAUUGAAGAUGACCUGGACUUUUGCGCGAAGCUGGCUAAGGAAGAAUCUCUGAUAAUUUUACCAGGUGUUGCUGUAGGACUCAAGAAUUGGCUCAGGAUAACCUUUGCAUGUGAGCCAUCAUAUCUGGAAGAUGGCUUCCAGAGACUAAAUGCUUUCUAUAAAAGGCAUGCUAAGAAACAAUAAGCUACUGUCUGAGAAACAACCUUUGAUAUCUGUUACGGUCCCCUGAUAUGGAGGACGCUGCAAGAUGAAAUCAGAUGUUUUCUUCCGAUGACCAAUGGUACUAGUUCGUCAAGAGACAACCUGCAAUAUUGAGUUUGGAGUACUCAAAAACUGAAAAAAAAUUCUGCUUCCUUUUAUAAGUCUUCAUUGAAUUCAACUUUAAAAUAAUAUUGGUGGAUAUCUCUGCUACACAGAGUGGCAAUGGAUCUUCAACUACUCGUUGACCCUUGGUGUGGUCUAUGUACAAUAGCUCAUACAUAAGUUGGCUAGAUUUUCAACAAUGCACCAUCACUAGUGAAUGUGUUUGUAAAGAUAACCUUUUACUAGCUAAGCUAGAACAAGUGUUUGUGAAAUGUGCAGAUUGUUGAAUAUUGUUGGGCGCAAUUGGUUGCUCACAACUUUAAACUUUAUUAUUGCCAAGUAAGGAUCAUCUUCGAUCUUACAAUUCGUAUACUCAA